GCAAAAUGCGGGACCAUACACAUCGCGAUGGUGUGCGCCGGAUACAAUUCGACGUUUGCUCUGGUGACAGUAGUAAAAUCGGUUUUAUUCUACCGUACGAAACCUUUGCACUUUCACUUGCUCGUUGACGAAAUUGCAAAGAGGACAUUGACAACUGUUUUUCGAACGUGGGAUUUACCGCAUGUGAACUUGACGUAUUACAAAGCGGAGAUAUGGGUGCCGAAGGUGUCCUGGAUACCGAACAAACAUUACUCCGGCGUUUACGGCCUUCUGAAAUUAAUUCUGCCGGAUGCGAUGCGGGAGGAUAAAGUGCUUGUAUUCGACACGGAUGUGACCGUGCUGAACGACGUUAGUUUGCUUUGGCAGAUGUUCGGGAAGUUCGCGAACGAUCAGGCGCUAGGGUUGACGGAAAAUCAGAGUCAUUGGUACAUAAAGGCACUGUCUUACGGUCAACGACCAUGGCCGGCCCUUGGAAGGGGCUUUAACACCGGCGUGAUGCUAAUGCACUUGCAACAACUCCGUAACAGAAAAUUUACGAGCCUGUGGGAAGCUGUUACCAGGCGUGUGCUCCUCCAUAUACCGGAAACUAGUUUGGCCGAUCAGGAUAUAAUAAAUGCUGUUAUCAAAGAGCAUCCCUCUGUCGUGCAUAAAAUAGAGUGCACGUGGAACGUACAGUUAAGCGAUCACACGAUCAGCGAUCUAUGUUACCGCGACACUAGUCAGAUAAGCAUCGUCCAUUGGAAUUCACCUCGGAAACAGGACGUGUACAAUAAGCAUAUCAACGAGUUUCGUAAGUUGCACAGGGUGUUCCUCGAGAUGGACGGGAAUUUGUUACGUAGACGAUUGUUUGGUUGUGACAAAUACGAAACCGUGUCUCAAUACAACGAGUCAAGUCCGUGUCGAGAGUUCACGAGGGGCGCGACCACGUUGUAUCGAACUCAUCCUUUUCUUCUCGAGUACGAGUACAACGUGUACGCCCAGACAGAUGUUGCUCUGGUAACUCAGUGCAGCGUGGAACGUAUACCGUUACUGGAAGAUCUAUCGAAACAUUGGCCUGGUACCAUAAGCGUUGCUCUGUACCUUACCGAUGCCGAGGUGCAAAAUUUCCUCGAGUUCGUGCGCGGCUCCGUGGAGCUACGAGGCAGGAAGAACAUCGCGUACCACGUCGUGUACAAGGAUGGGGAACUCUAUCCGAUCAAUUACCUGCGAAACAUCGCUAUGUCGUACGUAUCGACUCCGUUCAUCUUCCAAUUGGACGUCGAUUUCCUGCCGCAGUACGGAUUGCACGAAACCCUCAUGAGCUACAUCGGUAAAUUGAACAUCACCGAGCCGGACAAAGUAGCUUUGAUCGUUCCUGCGUUUGAGACAGAGCGUUAUAGGUUCACCUUUCCUAAUAACAAGGAGGAACUUUUGAGAUUCUUGAAACGCGGCGUUCUGUACACCUUUCGUUAUCACGUCUGGACACAGGGUCACGCUGCCACGAAUUACAGUUAUUGGCGGAAUUCGGUGGAACCUUAUGAAGUUUCCUGGGAGCCAGACUUCGAGCCUUACAUCGUUGUUUCGAGACUUGCACCUAGAUACGACACCAGGUUCAUCGGUUUUGGAUGGAACAAAGUGUCCUAUUUGACUCAUCUGACGGUGCUUGGCUACAAGUACAUCGUCUUGCCGGAUACGUUCAUUAUCCAUCGACCUCACGCUCCCAGCCUCGACAUUGGCAAGUUCAGGACCGACUCCAUUUAUAGGAGAUGUCUGAAGAAAUUGAAGGACGAGUUCGUGGAGGAAUUGGUGACCAGAUACGGCGAGAGCGCGCUGUCGAAGUUAAAGAAAGUGACCAAAGAAGAAAGAAUACCGAAGCCUGUUUGAACC